CUGCUGGGAUAAAGAUGGCAGCUUCCUUUUGUUUCUCCGCUGUGACUUCCCUCUGAGGGGUCUUCACUUCACUUCCCUCCGCACCUACCCGGGUUUCCGUCGCUCUCCCGGGGCUUCGCACCGACACUCGACCGAGGAGAAGAUGGAGAAGAGCGCCAGCAUCGACAGCUUGGGCUCGAAACGCUCCUCGUCGCGUCAUCCGAGUGUCGAUUCAUUGUCCAGUACGUCCACUUCUCGCUCUGACCGCUCGGCCCAGUCCAAGCCGACCUCUGCCAUGUCCUCGGACUCUGUCUCCACCUCUGCAGAGUUUUCUCCGGAGCUCAGGGUCAAACCCAAAACUCCUGCCAAGCAGGUGCUUAGGGUUUCUGAAAAAGAGGAACCACAGUUACUUCCCAAUGAAACUGUGCAAGACAUGGCCCAAGACAUCACCUACUUCUGUCCCUUCAUUGGAGCACUGAGGGGAACAGUGAUGGUCACUAACUACAGACUGUUUUUCAAAUGCAUUGAAAGGGAACCAGCGUUUGUGCUGGACCUGCCCCUCGGGGUGGUGAGUCGUGUGGAAAAGAUUGGAAGUGCUUCGAGCCGCGGUGACGUGUCCUACGGGUUAGUUUGCAAGGAUGUGCGUAAUCUUCGAUUUGCACACAAACAGUUGGAGGACACACUCAGGAAGUCAAUUUUCGAAGUGCUGAUAAAAUUUGCGUUUCCCGUUUCCAACGGGCUGCAAAUCUUUGCCUUUGAUUAUGGACAAGUGUUUCCUGAAAACGGGUGGAAGGUGUAUGACGCUGUCUCGGAGUACAAAAGACAGGGUAUACCCAAUGAAAGCUGGAGGAUAACAAAAAUAAACGAACACUUCGAGCUGUGUGACACCUACCCAUCAACUCUCGCCGUGCCCGUCAACAUACCAGACGAAGAGGUGAAGAGAGUCGCUGCCUUCCGAGUGAAGUCCAGGAUACCUGUGUUAUCGUGGAUCCAUCCGGAGAGCCAAGCGACCGUGACGCGCUGCAGUCAGCCGAUGGUCGGUGUAACCGGGAAGCGCAGCAAAGAGGAUGAGAAAUACCUCCAGUCGAUCAUGGAUGCUAAUGCUCAGUCCCAUAAACUGUUCAUUUUUGAUGCCAGGCCCAGUGUCAACGCUGCCGCUAACAAGAUGAAAGGGGGCGGAUAUGAAAGUGAGGACGCUUAUCAGAAUGCAGAGCUGGUGUUCUUGGAUAUUCACAACAUCCACGUGAUGAGGGAGUCACUGCGCAAGUUGAAGGACGUGGUCUACCCCAACAUCGAGGACUCCCACUGGCUCUCCAAUCUGGAAUCCACUCACUGGCUCGAGCACAUCAAGCUGAUUCUGGCCGGAGCGCUGCGGAUUGCAGAUAAGGUGGAGUCUGGGAAAACAUCAGUGGUGGUUCACUGCAGCGACGGCUGGGACCGCACAGCCCAGCUCACCUCCCUGGCCAUGCUCAUGCUGGACGGUUACUAUCGCACCAUUCGCGGCUUCGAAGUGCUGCUGGAGAAAGAGUGGCUGAGCUUUGGUCACCGCUUCCAGCUGAGAAUCGGUCAUGGCGAUAAAAACCACACAGACGCAGACCGUUCACCUGUUUUUAUUCAGUUCAUUGACUGCGUCUGGCAGCUGACGCGUCAGUUCCCUGCAGCCUUUGAGUUUAAUGAAUACUUCCUGGUCACCAUUCUGGAUCACCUGUACAGCUGCCUGUUUGGGACAUUCUUGUGUAACAGUGAACAGCAGAGGGUGAAGGAGGAGGUUCCCAGAAGGACAGGCUCUCUGUGGUCUUAUAUUAACAGCCAGCUGGAGGAGUUCACCAAUCCUCUGUAUGUGAACUACUCCAACCAUGUGCUGUUCCCUGUAGUCAGCCUGCGCCAUCUGGAGCUUUGGGUUGGCUACUACAUUCGCUGGAACCCUCGUAUGAGACCUCAGGAGCCUGUUCAUCAGCGUUACAAGGAGCUGCUGGCGAAGCGUGCCGAGCUGCAGAAGAGGGUGGACGAGCUCCAGAGAGAGGUGACCAACCGUUCAGCCUCCUCUUCCUCCGAGCGGGCGGGCUCCCCCACACGCUCCAUCACUCCAGUGCAGACUUUUGUUUGACACAACUUGACCCUCAUUAAGCUUAGUCCCACUAGUAAGAAGGCCUCACCUGGCGCGUUGAUGCACCAUCACCAAAACGUCUGCUGAAGUGGAUGACUGUGUUUGCAUCUCUUAGAGGUUCUGUAGAAUCUGCCUGCAACAGAAGUGAGUCUGUCUCAGACCACUUGACCACAGUCCUAUUGUUCUCAUCCUCUGGGGUGAGAGGAAAUGUAACAAGAAUAUGGGAGUCUGUUCCGCGCAUUAAACUGACUAGAAUCAGAGUUGAUCACAUUUAAAGGACACUAAAAUAUUACAAGGUUUUAAACAUGUCUGCCUUAUACAUUUCAUAGCAACACUCGCGUCACUCUUCUACACUGCAAACAUUUGCAGUAGAGGAUUUGUUGAGCUGAAGCAAUUGUGGACACGUAAAAUAAUGCAAAUACUUUUAGGUAAAAAUGCUAACAUCACCUAAAUUGCGUGGAAGUUGUUAAAUACUGACUUUAAAGUGUCAGUAUAUAACAACUUAAAUACUGACAGUAAGUUGUUAAAUACUGACUUUAAAUACUGACUUUAAAAUGUAGCGUAAGGGCUGUAAUGUUAGCUUCUUCUAAUUUUAACAACGAGUCAUAGAGCGCAUAAAAACACAUUGAUGGCUUCUCUUCGGAGUCGGUGCUUUUAGAUUGUUGUGACCAAAUAUCUGUUUUUUUUAAUAUAUAGUUACUGUGUCAAACAGUUAAUCACAUUCCUGUCAUUGAGUUUUGUAAGUUUCAUCAAAUAGUCAGCACUAUUUAUUGUCCUUUAGUUCAGACUUUGUAUUUAUAGCUCACAAACACACAUGUCAUCAAUUCUUGAGAGCUCUUCCCAUCUAAAUGUGAAUGAGCUGCACCCAACAGUAACAGUUAACAAGCAUCGACUCACACUUGUGAACAUUUUCGCCAAAUGCUUUUUGAAACUACUAUCAAAUAUCCUGUUUAUUUUUAAAAAUGUAGCCAAAAUUGUAACGACUGAUAAUUUGCUCUGGGUAUUUUUAGGUAUAUUAAAUCUUACUGAUGAUCUGUGCCUUCCUCUGAAUGAUUGGGAGAAUGAGAGAGUAGAACGGCUGAACGUUAAUACAGUGUUGACCUGCUUUUCCACUGUGUGUGUGUGAGUACUUGCAAUAAACACAUGACUCGGC